ACUUCUCCCAGGGCCUGAUCGACUCUUGCCUGUCAGCCGCCCGCGAGUGAAGAAGCACAGGACCGCACGAGCAGCCAGCCAGCUCUUUCCUCCAGUCGGUCGCCGAACAGCAUGUCGGAAAAGAAGGAGCAGUACUACCUGCCGCCGCCCAAACUGGGCAAAUGGGAGGGCUUCAGGAAGUUCCUCUGGGAUUCGGACAGCUCCCAGUUUCUGGGCCGAACCGGAGCCAGUUGGGCUAAGAUCUUCAUCUUCUAUAUCAUCUUCUAUGCUGCCCUCUCUGGAUUCUUCGCUGCCAUGCUGGCUGUCUUCUAUCAGACGCUCAACACCAAAACACCGAAAUGGAAGUUAGAGGAGUCCAUCAUUGGCACAAAUCCAGGUCUUGGUUUCCGUCCAAUGCCACCUGAGAGCAAUGUAGAGAGUACCCUGAUCUGGUAUAAGGGCAAUGACGAUAACAACUACAAAUAUUGGGCCGAAGAGAUCGACAGAUUCCUUGAAGAGUACAAGAAGGCUGGUCAGACACCUGGUGUCGGCCAGAACAAGGUCAUUUGUGACUAUAAUAACCCACCUGCUGAAGGAAAGGUGUGCGACGUUCCCAUCAAGGACUGGAGUCCUUGCAUCUCUGAAAACGGCUACAACUACAAAAAGAGCGCUCCUUGCAUCUUUUUGAAACUUAACAAGAUUUUCGACUGGAUGCCUCAAUUCUACAAUGAAUCAUCUUCACUUCCUGAUAAUAUGCCUGAAGACUUGAAGAAUCACAUCAGGGACUCCAACAAACCGAAUGAGCUCAACACAGUGUGGGUGAGCUGUGAAGGUGAGAACCCCGCCGAUAUUGAGCACGUUGGCCCCAUUCAGUACAUCCCACGACGAGGCUUCCCUGGAUACUACUUCCCAUUCAAGAACUACGAAGGAUACCUCAGUCCUAUCCUUGCCAUCUUCUUUGAGAGGCCAAAGACGGGAGUUUUGAUCAACAUUGAGUGCAAAGCCUGGGCCAAGAACAUCAAACACGAUCGUGCAGAUCGCCGCGGCUCGGUGCACUUUGAGUUGAUGAUCGACUAAGUGUUUCUAGUCGAGCCGGCAAUCGCUGCCUUGUUAGUCUAUGGCGUACCUCGAGGGGCUCACACUCACCUAGUCCUUAACCAAGUCCCCCGAUCCAAUAAAAGGCCAUAACCCCUCCUGGUACGCCUGUGAGCUGCACUAUGUUAAUUAUCAUUUGCGAUUCGUAAGAGCAAUCCGAUUUUUUGUAACGCUCAACUGUGAAUGUGGGACUCAAAAGCAACCGAAAUAUAUCGCGCGUCGGGGCCGGUUCCGUCUGAAGGGCCCACGAACGAGUGGCCCCUUCUUAGACGGAACCUGGCCACCGUGAGGUUUGUAAAUAUUAUCGAAAAUUCUGUGUUGAGGCUCCCUCAAGAAAAGAAGCCCACCCCCUCCAUCUCUGCUGCUUCGUAGGCAUUUAACUCGGUCAGUAUUUGUCACACAAGAUUUCUGUUCACAUGACUACUAAUUUUGUCUCUUCUGCAAUCGACGAGGAGAAACGGAAAUGAGCGUGUUAUUGUUAUGAUGAUGAAAUAUAUGAGGAUUAUAUACUUCAACUUGUGGUGCUGUGAAUGAAAUACCGAGUAUUCAAAACGUUUAAAAGUUACACACGAUGUGUUUUCCAUCUCAAACUGUUGAUACUUAAAGAUCGAAAAUGAAGUUGUUUAGUUGCCUGGCAAAAUUACUUAAAAUCAAUGUUGCCACUGUAUAACUAACACCAAUAUCAUCAAAUCGUGGCCACCUACUCUCUUGAAUGUAUGUAUUAAUUGUUGCUGCCGUGUUUUUUUGUUUCCGCACUGGAAGACUCUUUCAAACGUUCAGUUUCUUCAUUUUUAUACAUCUCUCUAUGAGAAAAGAGUGUGCAUGGAAAAUAAAAAGAAACACAGUUGAAAAGAGGCGCAAAUAAAUUAAAAAAGCGCGGCCAACGGUCAGGACUGGCGGCCAGAAAACCACUAGUUGAAUAGUGUGUAGUGUUUGAGUGUGCAUUAGAUGCUAGUGAACACGUCUGUUUAUUUGAAAAUAAAAAGGAUAAAUCAAUAUUAUUACCUUCUAUGUUACGAUAGGCGAAAGUGAAAAAAUGUUUUAAUAGCGCGUUGAUUAUGGAAAAAUUGAUUGUUCUUGCUACACAGAAUAUCAAAAGUCUAAUGCAGAUCAUCAGUCGAACGAUCGAUUGAGAAUUUGAUUAAUAAUCGAAGGAAAGCAUAGCGUUCGGUAGGAUCAGAUAUUAUUGACAAAAUUACAUAAUGAUUAAUUGAAAAGCGCUUUGUAAAUCACAGGAUAACAUUUGUUUCACAUUAAAUGUAAUUAUUCCA